AUGAUGGGGGACGGGGUGGAGGAGGGCGAGGUGGUGCUUCAGAUCGAGGACGGGGUGGAGGUCCCCCAAGCCGUGGUGGUGGUGGUGGAGACCGUGGAGGAUAUAUGGGAGCUACAGGUCCACAUGCUGCUAUUCAUCAUGAAUGGGAUCCUGCUUGUAAAGUGUGGAUCGGAGGAUUGGGUGACGAGGGAACUAGACUUGAGAUUGAAGAUGCGUUCGGAAAGGUUGGCCCUGUCAAGAAUAUCUGGCUUGCUAAGAACCCUCCAGGAUUUGCAUUUGUUGAAAUGGAGGAUCCAAGGGAUGCCGAGGAUGCUGUUAAAGCACUGCGAGGUAAGGAGCUGUGUGGUAUGCGAGUAACCGUUCAGAUGUCCAAGGCCAGGGACGAGCGGAGAAACAGAGAAUCUGCCGCUAAAGAUAGAUCCAGCAAAGGUCGGGACGAGAAAAUUGAAAGAUCAAGGGGUAGAGGAGGGUCAAGAGAGAGGAAGAGAGACAGAAGCCGGGAUCGAAGUUACGAUAGAAAGAAAAAGGAUCGAUCGCGUAGCCGGGAUCGAAAACAUAAAUCCCGAAGCCGGAAUAGAUCCCGGAGUCGAGAUAAAAAGAAUAAAUCUCGCAGUAGAAGUAAGGACAGGAGGGAUAAAUCUAGAAGCCGAGGACGGAAACAUUCAUCGCGGAGUAAAUCUCGAAGCAAAGACAGAAAGGAUAAAAGAGAUCGAUCUCGAGGCAGAAGUUCAGACAAGGAAAAAAGGCGGCGACGACACAGCUCCAGUCCUGGGAGCAGCAAGGAGCGGCGGAGGAAUCGUAGUGGAGAUCGGCGGAAGGAUAAACCACGGCGGAAACGGUCUGGCAGUGACAGCAGUACAGAUUCCUAUAAAGACAGGAAGAGUCAAAAUGGAAAUUAUGAACACUAGCAUUUGUUUUUUUUUAAAUUGUUUGUUUGUUUCAAUGUUUGAGCUGUUCCAUAUUUCUUAUUUGCCACCGUAUUUCAUACUGUACUCUUUCUGGCAGAUGAUGUGUUUACUUUAUUCUAAAUACAGGCAUAAGCCCCUUCUAAGCCACCACUCAAAUUUUAAAAUUAAGUUCAAGGAUUAUUUUAAUUUUUAAAUUACAAAAUUUUUUGUAAGUUUUAACAACCUUGUUAUUUCUUUCCUAAUAAAAUGAGGCUUAAUGCUGAGCAUAAUCCGGUGGAAUACGAGCACUCGAAGGCAGGCAUUCAAAUAUCUAUUCUAUUUAAAAAAAAGCCGAUACAUUGUAAAGCCGGUUAAUGAUAAUAUGCUAAGUUUUGGUAAGCUAAAUUCUCUCUUUUCUGGGAAUUAUAAUACUUUAGAGCUUAUUUAAAAUUUGAAGUAACAUCAGGUUAGAAAGGAAAAAACAUUUUUUUAAUUUCAGAAAUCUGAAGAGAAAUAAAAUGGGAGAGUCUUGUAAACCAUUCUUCGUAACCUCCGUCCCAUCAGACAACUCGCAGAUUCUAGACUCAGAGAUUAUAGACGGAAUUGGAGAAGAUUGUGUCAAUCCUGUCUUUCUGGGACAUGACACCGAUCCGUCCCAGCUCCAUAGUUUGGUCGAGGAGGAGGUGGAGGAGGAUGGGCAGGAUGAGGAGGAUGUAACGGAGGAAGAGAAUGAUGUAGGCUACAGCGAGGAUGCCGAGUACAAGAUUAAAUACAGAAAGGUUAAAGCUGAGUUCCGAAGAUCCGUAGAGACUCAUGAGUUUCUUAAGAAUGAGCUGAAACAUCAUCAACUUCAGUUAAAAACUCUUCAUGAAGACAAGUUCUUCCUUCUGGAGAGAAUGUUACAAUAUGAGAAACCUCCGGAGAGUCCGGAGUCGAAUGAUGGUUCGGAUUCGGAUCAUGAGCCAGGCGGAGCUAGGAAAAAAGUUAAACCGAAUCCCGGUGGAGUAACUAUAUCCUCUGCAUUCUCUAAAAUGAAAUCCUUCUCGGCUGGAAGGAGAAGCCGGAAAACUAAAUUAAAGUGCGUAGAGGACGUUUUCGAAUCUCCAAAUGAUAGUAUGGGAACAUUUGAGGAUGAGAGCAGUGGUUUAGGAACUGCAGGAUUUUCAUUCUCAACCCAAGAUGAAAGUGAUUAAAGUUGUGUCUAAAUUAAAAACUUAUCUGUGAUAAAAUAUUUAUAUUUCA